GGCAGUCUGUUCACACUGGUUGUCCUGUGUUAGUUCACCCCCAUCAUGUUCCCCAGUCUGAUCCCAACACCGUCAGUGGAAGAAUCGGCCUCAUCCACUUUUCUGAACUCACCACAGCUGCCCGCGUUCCACAACUUGGGCAGAAGUUUCCUCAUUGACAAUUUGCUUCGGGUGAAUGGCCCCCUGAGUCGCCCGCUUGCACCGACCCCUGCAAGCCCUGUUCCAGUGAAAAUACCCCAAACUGCGGAACAAAUCAGCCCCUCGGGAGGUCCCCAUCCAACAAGACCCUGCUUUCAGCAGCUCGUUAACCCCUCGCCUGCGCCAGCCACCUUCAGCGCUCAAACUGCCUCCUACCCUGAAAUAGCUUUACCCAAAUGUUUCCUGCCGACUUUCCCCCAGGUCUUUCUGGCUUGCUGCGGUGGGUCCUGUCAACAGCCGAUCUCCCCCACUGCUUUUCCGAUUAGCAGUUCUUUCAGGAGCUGUGAAUUCCCACUUUGGCCCCAAGUCAGUCACAGCAAAGUGCGAAGAGGAAUCCUACGGAGAGUGGUCUUUUCUGAGGAACAAAGGAAAGCAUUGGAGAAAACCUUUCAGAAACAGAAGUACAUCAGUAAAACAGACAGGAAGAAACUGGCCACCCACCUUGGCCUUAAAGAUUCACAGGUAAAAAUAUGGUUCCAGAACCGCAGAAUGAAAUGGAGAAAUACUAAGGAGAGAGAACUGCUUACACAGGGAUGUUUGUUUGAACAAACAUUACAAGCGAAACCAGUUUCGGCUUCUGACCUGAACGACACUAAUCCAAACAUCCCUGACAGAAAAGCAGCACACAUGGGACAAGCGUCUAUGUACAAAUAUGUCGCAGUUACAUCAACUUCUCAACAUGGCCAGACUACUGAGAACAGACUGCCGAGUGUGAAGAAAGAGUUGUCAGAGACAGCACUGCAUUCUGAUUCUGUACAGCACAAGAAAGACACCUGAACCCAUUUCCCAAAGGUUCCCUAAUAAUAAGCAUUCUCAAUGUUAAUAACCUACUUCAUGUGGUUUGUGUCUCUGGCUUUGCCCAGUGCUUAUGAGGACUUGCACUUGUUUGGAGACAUUUUCUGGCUGUUACAACAUCGCUAUAUGAAAUAUAACAAUUCAAUAAUA